AUGAGCGGUGCUCGCGCGCACGACCCCCGCGAGCCCGCGCGCGCACCCUCUCGCGCCCACCCCCACGCGCAGCAGUCAAAAGUCAAAGCGGUCAGGCGUCUUCGAGCAACACGGAAGCGCCCUCCGGUGCCUCAAUUUCGCUCUAGUUCUGCGUUAGUGCCCAUUGUGACCCCAUGCUUCUUGGCGAUGCCCCCCCCCCCAUUACCCUCCCCCCCCCGCGCGGUCGCCUUGUGGGCGUGUCCGAGUGCGCAGGCGCAGCGCUCCGUGGAACCGGGCAAGCACUUGAAAUUCGGAAUCAAACCUUCAUCUCUGCCGGCGCUGACUAGAUUUGAACACGAGGUGAACGCUGAACCGUUAAAACACUCGAGCUGGUUCCAGCUCGGUCCGGAUCGGCCGAGGGGCUGGCACGCCGGCGGCUCGGCUACUCGUGCCCCUUUGCGUUUUUACCACGGUUACGUAAGAAUAGCGAACAUAACUGUGCAACGGCGCGCCGCCGAUUGUCCGACGCGCUUCUCGGAAAGAUCCGCGGACGCA